AUGGCGUCAUUGCUCGAUGGUGCGUCACUCGCGCGUGAGCAGAGAGUGCUAGGAGCCGCUGGUCCGCGCUUCAAUGAUCAGCUUGUGAACCCGAGUUUAGAGGAGUUAGUCACAGCAGCCAUGAGGCGGACUAAAGCGGACGUGGAGCGCUAUAUCUCUUCCGUCCAGAGCGCCUCUCCCUCGCAGAAAGCGAGGCCAGUCAAAGGAUUUCUCUUUGCUAAACUCUACUUUGAGGCUAAGGAGUAUGAGCUGGCUAAAAGACAUGUUUCGGAGUAUCUGACCGUCCAGCCGAAGGAUCCUAAAGCGCACAAGUUCCUCGGGCAGCUGUUUGAGCGUGACGGCGAAACAGACAAAGCUGUGGGAUGUUACAAGCGCUCGGUGGAUCUGAAUCCGGCUCAGCACGAUCUGGUCCUGAAGGUGGCCGAGCUGCUGUGCAGUAAACCCGAGCACGACAGCCGAGCCGAGUUCUGGGUGGAGAAAGCGGCCAGGCUUCUGCCGGGACACCCGGCUGUCUUCAAUCUGAGGGAGAAGCUUCUGAGCGCUCAGAGCGGCUCGAACCAGCUGUACGAGCUGCUGCAGGCGGAGCUCAAGCUGCGGCCCGCAGACACCUACAUCAACCAGAAGCUGGUGCAGCUCUACAGCGCCGAGGGCCGGCUCGAGGACGCCGUCAAACACUGCCUCGCCGUGGAGAGAGCCGGCGUCCUGAGACACUGUCUGCAGUGGUACCAGCUGCUGCUCCGCACCCUGCAGUCCAGGAGUGAGCAGGCGUCCCAUGAGCCUCUGGAGCUGCUGGCCUGUGAUCGUCAGAGUCAGGCGGGUCACAUGCUGCUGAACCUGAGCCGGGACGUGGAGCAGCUGCUGAAGGACGUGGUGGAGGCCUUCGGGAACCGAAGCGGCACAGGCCGUCUGUUUGACCAACUAUUCGGCGCACAGACGCAGGAGCAGAACUCCUUCAUCUGCAACGAUGACAUCCAUGUCCUCAGCGUACAUGUGCCCAAAGCCGUGGAUCUGGCCAAGUGUGAUGGCGGUGAGUCUCAGACAGGAGUGCCAGGCUAG